GUCAAAUAAAAUGUUCGGUUUAUCGUUGGCGGUAAAUAUCUAAGCAUUUGUGAAAUUGUGUUGUUAAUUUUUUCAAAGAAGAUUCUUUUCUUUAGAAAAUGCCUCGGACUACAAGAAGAUCUCUUAAGACACUACAACACACCGCCACCGAUACAGAAAAUUUAGUGGGUAGGCCGUCAAAAAGUUUAAAACAUCAGCUUAGUCAUGAAUCGGUUAUAGAAGUAGAAGUGAAGAAGAAAAAUCUUUCUACAAAGGAAACUCAAGUCAAUCUUGAGAACAAAAUAAGUGCAGAUGAUUUGACAAAUCCAGAAGGAGCUUCUGAAAGAUAUUGGCAAAUUUUAGCAGAGAAGCGUCAAGUUGCUCUACAAGAUGCUCUUGAAGAAAAUGAAAAACUACGAAAAAUUAUCGAAGAUUUAAAGCAAGAGAAUAUACAGUAUAAACAAAUGUUGGAUGAAGCCAAUAGCUUUGUUGAAGUUAUUAAGGAGGAGCUAGCAAACAGCAGCAAAGAUGACACUGGAAUUGAUGUCAAUGAUGUUAGCACUGCUGACGAAGCCCCAGAGGAGGAUGUAAUUAAAUCAGAUACACCAAAAAACUAAUAGAAAUAAUGCAUAUGGCCUUUAUUAGUCUUUUAUGUCAAGUUCAUUUUUUUAAUUUGAUUUUUUUUUCUUGCUGUUACUUCUUAUUUUAGAAAAGUAUGUACCUUUUCAAGAUAAGUAGUAUUAAAGAUAUUUAUUUCAUUUAUAUUUACACAAGAUCUUAGUUUAGAU